UUAUUAUAAUACAGAAAAGAUGGCGGACAGGCUAACUCAACUUCAAGACGCUGUCAAUUCGCUUGCAGAUCAGUUUUGCAAUGCAAUCGGCGUCCUGCAACAAUGUGCGCCUCCUGCCUCCUUCAGUAACAUCCAAACAGCUAUCAACAGAGAUCAGCCAGCAAACCCAACCGAAGAGUAUGCCCAGCUGUUUGCAGCCCUGAUCGCCAGAACAGCCAAAGAUGUGGAUGUAUUAAUAGACUCUCUGCCCAGUGAGGAGUCCACAGCAGCUCUGCAGGCGGCCAGUCUGCGGCAGCUGGAGGAGGAGAACCAUGAGGCAGCAGCCCGUCUGGAGGAGGUGGUUUACCGCGGGGAUAUGCUGCUGGAGAAGAUCCAGAGCGCGCUGGCUGACAUUGCUCAGUCUCAACUCCGCACCCGCAACGGAGCACCGAGCCAGCCCUCACCAGCCGAAUCCUGACCCACAAUGGACAUAAUGCAGCUCUGGACAAUUUUCAGUCAUGUCCCACUCAUGUUGACCUUUUAGUUUUGCUCUCAGACAUCAGCUGGAAGCCUCAAAGCAUCAGAAGGUGCUGAAUAUGUUUGUAAAGGAAAUGUGAGGUGCCAUACAAUCAAUGAAACAUCAGCUGGAGUGUUACUGUCACACAGCAGCCGCUGGUCUCAAGGCAGAGACACUGAAAAAUGUGUGAAACACUAGAUGGCGGCUGAAGAUGUCAUCACACACACACUGUUUUCUACACUGAGCUUUUUGCUGAUACAAAAAGCUUUUGAGAAAUACAACUGUGGGGUCAAAACGACUCUGGUCUGAAUGUGUGAGGGGUCACCCUGUUAUGAUUUUUUAUGUCUGUGUUGUAUGUUGAUACAUCGUUUUUUGUAGAUAUGUCUGAAUAAAAUUGUUUAAAUUCUCAUUUUUGGAGUGUCUUUACUGAAAAACCUCAACACUCUUCAGACAAGUAAACAAACCCACUCAACUCACUGUAACUCUGAUAUCUUUCUCUGUUGAAAUAAAGCUUGAACAAACACA